CAGUUGGUUGGUUCUCUGAGGUAUUUGUGCAAUACCAGACCUGAUAUUUGCUAUUCAGUUGGGAUGGUUAGUAGGUUCAUGAGUAAACCUAAGUGGUCCCAUUACCAAGCUGCUGUCAGGAUUCUGAGGUAUAUCAAGGGAACUAUGAAGUAUGGAGUAUUAUUUCCUUCUGGAAGAAAGGAUGAGUCAGAACUUCUGAGUUAUUCAGAUUCUGAUUGGUGUGGAGACAGAGUUGACAGAAGAAGUACGUCUGGGUACUUAUUCAAAUUUCUGGGAGGUCCCAUUUCUUGGUGUUCCAAGAAGCAACCUGUUGUGGCAUUGUCAACUUGUGAAGCUGAAUACAUUGCAGGUGCUGUUACUGCAUGCCAAGCUGUGUGGAUUCUGAAUCUAUUGCAGGAUCUGAAGAUUAAAGUAAACAAACCUCUGAAGCUGAUGAUUGACAACAAGUCUGCAAUCAAUCUUGCCAGAAACCCAGUGUUGCAUGGGAGAAGCAAGCACAUUGAGACCAAGUAUCAUUUUCUGAGACAUCAAGUUCAGAGGGGAGUGUUAGAAGUUGUACACUGCAGCACUCAGAAACGACUUGAAACUGUGAUCUCUAACGUUAUGUGA